GAAAUGAACCGCCAUUUUUCAUAUAUGGCAUGAAAAAUUGUGGGUGACCGUGGCGAGUGUAACUGUCUCACUGUGUAGUACAUAGUAUAUUUAUAUUCACCAGAGCGCGUUGGCCUCAUGUGUACAUAUAUAUAGAUGGAGUUUGUCCAUAUACAAUCACAACAAACGAUAUUUACACAUAACAAACAUACGAAUAUAGGAGAAUGGCUGCAACGCUAAACUACGCGAAUCAGCAGCCCAUGUCAAUGCCAUUGGGAAAUACACAACAAGCUUAUGGUGAUCAUAUAAAUAUGAACUACGCCAGACAAGCACCCUACAUGGCGACAUCACAUGCACAAAUGCACUCCCACCCCACCUGGAAUAUCAAUGAGCCGUAUACAGCGCACAUUCCUUAUACCCCUAUUCAUAGUAGUACGCGCGGACCCAAUAACAGAAUGCACACGUAUAACGUCUUUGGAAAGCGUGAUAUGAGUACGCGAGACGCUGCAGCUACGUCGUCGAGUCGGGCCAAACCGGCGGAUAACAGCGGAUUAGCUAAAGUGAUUAAGCGCAUACGUUUGUCCUCGCCGGAGGAACUGGACAGUGCUAAUACACCAGUUGUGUCCGAGAGGACUUUUAGUUAUAAUACCAAAAAUAUGCAGUACGGACAAUCGCAGCCUUACAAUGGUGCGACAGAUCCCAGCAAUCACUGGGGAGGAAGGGAGCACAUUAGUACUGAUCAAGGACCUGCGUAUAAUGUAGAUAAUAAUUUUGGUGCAAGUAAAGUCACGCCACUAGAUGACAGGCCGAUGCAGUCUGUGCCUGGUGUUGGCACACAGUGGCGCAAUCAGAUAGACGGGAUGCAGAAUGGACAUUCGCGGACAAUGCAAUAUGCUGAUAAUGAUUAUGAUUGCGAGAUGGUUGACGAGAAGCUUAUAAUUUGCAAGAGCAAGUCCAAACCUGAGGACAUGCAGGUUGUUUUGUAUAGCGGAAAGGACCGGGAUGUGGACAACCAUCGAGCUAACUUUAAUAGUAUACCGGCGCAUGUGUUGAGCAAUCUGUCACACAGGCCGUUGCCCGUCCCCACUGAUCUCAACUCCCUGGUGGUGUACAACGAAUCUGUAGCAAGGGGUCGUUCGAGUAGGGAAGAUAAAUCUGAUAGACCUGAUAGCCCUGAAUGCCGUGUGGAAGAAAUAGACGAUGAUGAGGAUGACGAUAUCAUGCUUAUGUGAUUUGGCGCACUUUUAAGUGCGACCAUGACGCAUCUGAAGUUCGUCAAAUACCGACGCUGGCUUUGCUAUGCAUAGCUGAUACGGUCUGAAUGUCCUGUGGGUGUGCCACAGAUGCUAUGGUGUAAAAGUAAUACACGCGAAAUCAAUUUAAUAAAUUCAGUGAUAAAUUACAAAAGAUGCAGUUCACGACCUGUGAAAAUUGGUUUUGAGUGUCGAGAUUGUAUUUUUACCAAAUAUGAAAUAUAAAGUUAUAUACUAUGGCAACGACAGACACUGGCUCGGC